AUGGCCCAAUACGGUUUACUAGAAGUGUAUAAUGGAGAAAACGCGCAAGCCGACAUUGUCUUUUUGCAUGGGUUGCGGGGGAAUCGAGAAAAGACCUGGGCAAAAAAUGGGGUCGUUUGGCCUAAAGAUUUAUUGCCCAACGAUAUUCCAGCAUCUCGCAUCUUUCUUUUUGGUUAUGACACCAAUAUCACCAGUCCUGGCCAGUCUGGCGCCACGAAAACUGAGAUCCAUAGUGAUGCCGAAGACGUGUGUGCAAAGCUGGCAGCAGAGCGACUAAGCACACAAACCGGUGAUCGACCAAUAAUUUUCGUUGCUCACAGCCUCGGCGGUCUAGUUGCUGCCCAAAUUCUGGUUCAUGGAGAGCAUAAACCCGAGAACUCGGCAGAAGCAUCUAUCGCCAAAAAUAUCCGUGGAUUGGUAUUCUUGGGAACACCAUUCCGAGGAUCUUCAGUCGCGAGGCCCGCUGAAGUUGUCCGCAGAGUCCUUGACCUUUUCAAGGUUGACACACAGCAGCAAACUCUGAAGCUUCUUGGUGUUGACUCUGAGCGCUUAGAUGAACUCACGAGAGCAUUUCCACAGGUUCUGAAUAAGCGCAGAUUCUCUACAGAUAUCGACCAUAGGAUCGAAGCUUUUUUCUUCUAUGAAACUCUGAAAACAAGAUGGGGCAUAGGAUCGGUCCAGAUCGUCGAAGCUGAGUCCGCUCAACUUCAUGGAUGUGGCGAUGCCGUGCCUAUUCGUGCUGACCAUAUUGGUAUCUGCAAGUUCGAGACAAAGGACGCUGACGGCUACGCUACUGUUGUGGCAGCAAUUCGGAAAGCCAUGAUACCACCAGGCGCCUCACCAACACGGGGUGGCCGGAUUAUCAAUAUACUUGGGAAGGCUGUAAAUGUUGCCAACGACAGCAUCAGUAUUGGGAGUCAAGUGAACCACCUCUAG